AUGAGCUCAUUUUCUGCCUUCUCUGAGAUGUUUGGCUCAGAGUACGAGUCUCCGGUUUCCGUGGACGGCGGGGAUUAUUAUCCGACGCUGGCGGCGACCUGUCCGAAGAAACCGGCGGGACGGAAGAAGUUCCGGGAGACUCGUCACCCAAUAUACAGAGGAGUUCGUCGGAGAAACUCCGGUAAAUGGGUUUGUGAAGUGAGAGAGCCAAACAAGAAAUCGAGGAUUUGGCUCGGAACUUUCCCAACCGCCGAAAUGGCAGCGCGUGCUCACGACGUCGCCGCCAUAGCCCUCCGUGGCCGAUCCGCUUGCCUCAAUUUCGCCGACUCGGCUUGGCGGCUGCGUAUCCCGGAAUCAACGUGCGCCAAGGAUAUCCAGAAGGCGGCGGCUGAGGCCGCGGUUGCUUUUCAAGCUGAGAUGGGUGAUACGACGACGGAUCAUGGCCUGGACAUGGAGGAAACGAUGGUGGAGAUGGCUGUUAUAGAAAAUGUGGAGCAGAGCGAUGUUGCGUUUUAUAUGGACGAUGAGGCCAUGUUUGGGAUGCCGAGGUUGUUGGCUAAUAUGGCGGAAGGGAUGCUUUUGCCGCCGCCGGCCGUACAAUGGAAUCAUAAUUAUGAGUGCGACGGAGAUGCUGACGUGUCCCUUUGGAGUUAUUGA